AUGGAGCCUGAUGAUGGUGUUGCUUCUUGGAUGGAGCUACGCGAGGAAGGAAACAAGGCGUUUAAAAGUGAAGCAUAUGCCAACGCUGUUAAACUCUACUCCGAAGCGAUUAAGUUAAAUUCCAAGGAGGCAGCACUCUUUUCUAACAGAAGUGCAGCUUACAUAAAAAUGAAAGAAUAUCAGAAGGCAGUGCUUGAUGCUGAAGCAGCAAUCGCCAAUGAUAAGACAUUUGUUAAGGGAUACUCGCGUCUGCACAACGCACUUUGUCAUCUGGGUAGAUUUAGGGAAGCGACGCAAAAACUAAAGGAAGCCCUCGUGGUUCUGGAAGCUUGUGGCGCGUCUCCGGAAGACAAAAAGCAGAUACAGGAGCUUCAUAGAACUGCCGAAGAAGGCCAAAGGGGGUUUGAAGCUGGUCAGCGUCUGCUAGAGGAACGCAACUUUCUGGCGGCGGAACGUGAGUUAGUGAAGGCGGCCCAACUGUUCCCGGACUGUGCCAUUGUCGGCAUUAUGUUGGGCGAGUCUCAAGCUUCACUGUACCCCGAGAGGGUUAUCCGAUCGCUGACGGCUCUUUCCAGUGCACACGCUGAUGAUACCUACUAUCUUUAUGUUCGGGCACUCGCCAGUUACUAUAGUGGGCAAAGCGGGCUGAAUAACGCACAGUCGAUACUUCGUCACACGAUUGAGUUGGAUCCCGACAAUCGAAAGGCUACUGAGCUCUUGAAGAAGAUACGGGCAGUGGAGUCUCAAAAGACCGAGGGUAACGCGGCUUUUAAGGAGAAACGAUUCACCGCUGCCGUUAAUUGUUACAAGGCUGCAAUAGAAGUCGAUCCCUCAAACAUUCGAAUGACAGCCGUUCUACGGGGUAACCAGGCUGCUGCCAAGAUGGAGCUAAAAGAAUAUUCAAGCGCUUUACUUGACUGUGACUUUGCUAUCAAAAACGGCGCGGAAAGUGCGAAGUUGUACGCCCGUCGUAGCCGUAUCCACGAGGCCCUCGAGAACUAUGACGACGCCCUGAGGGAUAUCCAAAGGGCGGCAGAGAUGGACCCUUCGUACAAUGGUGAGGCGCAGCAAAUGAAGAUUAGUGCCAAGAGAGCAAAAAGGAAGGACUAUUACAAAAUAUUGGGUCUGCCGCAGGGAGAGUCGGAUGACUCCUCCAUUAAACGUGCAUACAAGAAGGGUUGUUUGCAGUGGCACCCGGAUAAGUGGGCCCACGCGACCGAGGAGGAAAAGGCUCACGCAGAGAAGAUGUUCAAGGAAGUAGGUGAGGCGUUUUCCAUUCUCUCAGAUCCCCAGAAGAAAAGGUUGUAUGACUCAGGGCAACUUGAUGAUGCAUCUAGUCCUGGGGGUACGAGUGACUUUCCGGCACGUCAAGCCGACAUUUUUCAGAUGAUGAACAUGAUGUUUCAGGGCGGCUGUGGCGAAGGCGGGAUGCCCUCAGGAUUUUCUUUCACGGUUGACCCUCGUUCGCGCCGGCAAAAGCAAACAUUUCACUAUAGGUGA